CAAACGUAAAAGCUCAAGCGUUCACACUUCUAAAAAAACCGUAACAACCAAAUCCAAACACUACACCAUCAUCCAUGGGAAUCAGCCCCGUCCCGUUUUUCGCUCAGGAAGACUACUCACACUUCUACAACCUAUUUGCAGACACAGACACCAACAAGAGAAAGCGUAACAGUAAAGAAGACGAAGGAGGAGGUGCAGAACAAAAUGGUGAUAGUGGUAUCGUCAAGGACUUACUUGCUUCGCUCAUGCUUUUGGAAGAGGAAGAAACCAGAGAGCAGCAAAACAGAAUGCUUGAGUCCCAACAACAACGCGACAUGUUAAAAGCCAGCUUCCAGAACCAGGCCAGGGCCAUGGAAACCUACAAGGCCCAAUUCGAAGCCCAUUACGCCCAAUCGGAAGACCUCCAAAUUAAAAUAACCAAAAAGGCCCGUCGCACGGCUGCUGCAGCUGCCGGUUCGGUUAUUCUAGACGAGGCCGGUUCGGUUCGAGCCGAGGUUCCUCCUCAAACCGGUUCGACGGUUCAGCGGAGGAUGUGGGUGAGGGACCGGUCGAAGGACUGGUGGGAGCGGAUCAGCCGGGAGGACUUCCCGGAGGAGGAGUUCCGGCGGUGGUUCCGGAUGAGCAGAAGCACGUUCGACAUGAUCUGCGACGAGCUCGACGCGGUGGUGACGAAGAAAAACACGAUGCUCCGCGACGCGAUUCCGGUGAGGCAGCGCGUGGCCGUCUGCAUCUGGCGCCUGGCCACUGGCGACCCACUCCGGGAGGUGUCGAAAAGGUUCGGGUUGGGGAUAUCCACGUGUCACAAACUCGUGCUCGAAGUGUGCUACGCGAUACGCACCGUUUUGAUGCCGAAGUUUCUGCAGUGGCCGAGCGAGGAAAAGAUGAAGCGCAUCAAGGAAGAGUUCGAGGGGUUGUCGGGAAUACAGAACGUGGGAGGCGCAAUGUACACGACGCACGUGCCAAUAAUCGCUCCGAAAAUAAGCGUGUCGGCGUAUUUUAACAAGCGGCACACGGAGCGGAACCAGAAAACGAGUUACUCGGUAACGGUUCAGGGCGUGGUUGAUUCGAGAGGUGUUUUCAGCGACGUGUGCAUUGGUUGGCCGGGUUCGAUGCCCGACGAUGAGGUUCUGGAGAAAAGCGCGUUGUUUCAGAGAGCCAACAGUGGGAAUUUGAGGGACGUUUGGAUCGUGGGAAACUCUGGGCACCCUCUGAUGGACUGGGUGCUGGUUCCCUACACGCACCCUAACCUGACGUGGACGCAGCACGCUUUUAACGAGAAGAUUGAGGAGAUUCAGGGCACUGCCAAACGGGCCUUUGCGAAGCUAAAAGCGCGGUGGGGGUGUUUGCAGAAGAGGACUGAGGUGAAGCUUCAGGACUUGCCGGUGGUGCUAGGCGCGUGCUGUGUUCUGCAUAACAUUUGUGAGAUGAGGAAUGAAGAGAUGGAUGGUGAGUGGGGGUUUGAGCUUUUUGACGACGAGAUGGUGCCGGAGAACUCCAUUCGCUCUGCAACUUCCAUGCAGGCCAGAGACCACAUUGCCCACCAUUUGCUCCACCAUGCUCGCGCCGGCACUGCCUUCUUGUAACUCUACCUUCUUCUUCUUCUUCUACUACCUUAUUCUUUUUGGCUAUGUUGCAGUAGUCACGUUAAUUAACAAAGAGAGAAGCAUAUUAAUUUCA